AUGCGAUUCGAACUUUUUCCGUUGUUUCUCGGCUCGAUUCAUUUAAUCAAAAGUCUACCCGUCGUCGACGAUGCUUUACGUCAGAAGCGGGAAAAGGAAAGAAAUGAGGCAAUUUAUGCACAAUUUGAAUCAAUCUUCCCCGCGUUGCCGCCAAAAAACGUUCCACUUCAGCCUGGUGACUACUACUCACUGAGACAAAUCGAGAAUUUUAUGUAUCAGUUAGCCGAAACUCACGCGAACACAACGGUCAUCACCGUCGGCCGAAGCGAGCAGAAUAGAGAGAUUCUGGGAGUGCAGCUAGGCAUUGAUGAAACAAAACCCUAUGUCGUGAUUGAUGCGGGCAUUCACGCGAGAGAAUGGUCGGCGAUACACGUGGGAUAUUACCUGAUUGAGAGGUACAGCAAGCUGUUGGAGUCAAAGGACGCGAUGAUUUCUCGUUUCCUAUCUCAUUUCAAUCUCGUCAUUGUUCCCGUGUUGAACCCGGAUGGGUACAUUUACACAAGGGAUGAGGUCACUGAACCGUUCAAGCACCGCUUGUGGCGAAAAAACCGCUCAACAAUGCGCUGUUUCUCGCGGAUUCGUUGCUGCGAAGGGGUGGAUUUGAAUCGAAACUGGGAUCUCGCUUUUACUGCGAAAACCGAUGGUGUCGAGGAUCCGUGCAGUGACGUUUACCCGGGUCCUAAACCCUUUAGCGAAGCUGAAACAAGAACCUACAGUGAAUGGCUUCGUUCACUGCCGAAACUCGAGGCCUAUUUCACGUUGCAUUCGCACGGUCAACUCUGGCUUUACCCGUACGCCUACGCCAAAGAAACCUAUCCAAAAAGCAUUGAAAGAGCUGUCUACGUCAGCGAGAAAGUCGUUGAGGCGAUUUACCGCUACAAUGGCACUCGUUACUAUCACGGGAGUCCAGCCGAUAUGCUUUACACCUCACCGGGCUCCUCAAUGGACUGGGUGCAACGGGAGCUCAACCCAAAAUUCGCUUUCACCAUCGAGGUUCGACCAUUGACUAAAGAAUACGGUUUCAUUCUCGAGAAAUCAUUGUUGAUCCCGGCGUCCGAGGAGAUUUUCAUCGGAAUCAACGUCGUUCUAGAGGAAUCGAUUCGUUUCCGCCAAUUUCCCUACCAGUUUACCGGUACCACGCAAAGACCGCGACCUCGUGUGGAAAUGCUCGAGCAAAAGGAUCCGGUGGAUCCGAGUGACGAGAAAUUCGACGAAGCCUGGAUGAAGUGGAUCGAUAGU